CGGUGCGGCCUUGCCGUAAAGCGGCGCGGCGUUACGGCAGGGCGCGCAGCCGGUGAGCCGCUGACCUUCCCCUCCCUCCCCUCUCCUCCCCUCGACCCGAGAAAUAUCCCCAUAACGGUAAAUUAACAAAAACAAUCGCGCAAGACUGCGGAGUUCAGCGAAAUGGGAGAAUGGCCAAUUCUUUACGAGGGGAAGUGCUGAAUCUUUACAAAAACCUGCUGUACCUCGGAAGGGAGUACCCCAAGGGAGCAGACUACUUUAGAAGCCGUUUGAAAGCAGCUUUUCUAAAAAAUAAAGAUGUGAAAGAUCCCGAAAAAAUUAAACAACUAAUUGCCCGAGGAGAAUUUGUGAUAAAAGAGUUGGAGGCUUUGUACUUUCUCAGAAAAUACAGAGCAAUGAAACAGCGCUACUAUGAUGACAAGGAGUAACCAGUAUUAAUGACUGUUUGUAAUGAUACAAAUCCAUAAAAGCAAUCAAUAAAAGAACUGUAACCUCAAAAGAAAUGAAAAGUAAA